UUAUUUCAAAGCUAACUAAACACUAAAUCCCCUUCCCAUCUCUCUCUCUCGCUCGGACGUCCGGGCGAGGAUUUCGGAAUUCGGAGCCUUACCGGAAAAUCGAUCGUUAGUUGCCGGAGGCCAUUGAUUCCGAUUUCCAAAACAACCCAGCGACGGACCUGGGCGAGAGUGGAAAAGCCAGAGCGGGAUAGCUAUCGUUACUUUUGUUUUGAAAUAUUUAAAAAACAAUAGUAAUAUAGGACACGUUAAGUCGUUAACACACAGACACACACACGCACUCCUCCCUCUCUCUAUCCCGCUUUCUAACUUGCAUUGCAGGGAAAAGGAGGGAGGGUAUCAUAGUUUUGGAGGUCCUUGCACGGCACAGAUGCCGAGAUCCCUUCUUCAAUCCCCUUGCCUCAUGCUGUAAACCAUUCGAUGUCCUUCUCUCCCUCUCUCCUCCUCUAGUUCUCUUGCGCUUAGCUCUGUAAUUCGUCUCGUUUAAAUGCAAAACAUUUGCUCAGACAGAAGGAGAGAGAGAAGACGAUACAUGAAUUGAUUGUGUGAUCGAGUUUGUUUCGGUCUUAAGGUGGUACUUUUGACAUUUUAGAGGUCUCGAUGUGAUCUACUGCAUGAUUUUGCAUAGCAGUAGAAUGUGCAGCUCUGAAAAUUAGUUUGUUCUGAGGUUUUUUCUCCCGGACUUGCACAAUGUCAUUAGAGAUAAUGGAUCAACGGGGUUUGUCACCGUCAUCUUUCUUUUAUGAGGAAAUGCGAUUUCCUGCUGAGAGGCACAUUGGAUUUUGGAAACCUGAAAGCAUGCCUAAUCAGCAUGGAGUGGGGAUCCCUGGAGAAUCACGAACAUCAGGCAUCAUAUCAGCUACGCUACCGCAGGAGAAACUAGUGCCAGUGGGUGCACAACCAAUUGAAUGCUUGGAACUUCCUCAGACUUAUCUGGUUAGAGACCAAAAAGUGAAGCUUAGCUUAGAGCGGCCUGUGGUAGGAGCAGAGAGAACUGCCAAUCUUUUUUUGACAUCAUGGGGAUCUAUGGACCAGCAGGAUGCAGGAACCAGGUCCAGCUUGUAUGUGCAGCCAGCAUCUUAUAUUGUGGAAGGGAACAAGAUUGAUGUUAAUGGGGCUCGAUAUGAGAAAGGUCUCUUCUCAAGUUCGUUAUCAGAAAUAUUUUCUAAGAAGUCAAAUGAUGUUCUAGUUGGACAUUCUGUUGACAUCAUUGCCUCUCACUACGAGGAAGAGCCAUUUGAAUCCCUCGAAGAAAUCGAGGCCCAAACCAUUGGCAACCUCCUUCCUGAUGAUGACGAUUUGCUUUCUGGGGUUAUUGAUAAGAUUGAGUAUAUAGCUCAACCCAAUAGUAGGAUUGAAAUAGAAGAUUUUGAUCUGUUCAGUAGUGGUGGAGGUAUGGAACUGGAGGGAGAUGAUGGUUCCUCUGGGGUCCAAAGGAACACUGAUUUUUCUGGCGGAAUUUUGAAUGGUCAGCUGGGGGAUUCUAAUAAUUCUAUUGCUGGGGAACACCCUUAUGGAGAACGUCCGUCAAGAACACUUUUUGUUAGAAAUAUCAAUAGCAAUGUUGAAGACUCUGAGUUGAAGGCUUUAUUCGAGCAAUAUGGAGACAUCCGUACUCUUUAUACAGCCUGCAAGCAUCGUGGUUUUGUAAUGAUUUCUUAUUAUGAUAUAAGAGCAGCUCGCAAUGCAAUGAGAGCACUUCAAAACAAGCCAUUGAGACGCAGGAAGCUUGACAUACACUUCUCAAUUCCAAAGGAUAACCCAUCUGAGAAAGAUAUUAACCAGGGUACACUGGUGGUGUUCAACUUAGAUUCGUCUGUUUCGAAUGAGGAACUUCAUCAGAUUUUUGGUGUUUAUGGAGAAAUUAAGGAGAUCCGUGAAACUCCACAUAAGCGCCACCACAAAUUUAUCGAGUUCUAUGAUGUUAGGGCUGCAGAAGCUGCACUUCGUGCAUUGAACAGAAGUGAUAUUGCAGGGAAGUGUAUCAAGCUUGAGCCAAGCCGCCCUGGUGGGGCAAGACGGUGUUUGAUGCAACAAUUUUCUCCAGAGCUAGAGCAAGAAGAAUUCAUUGAAUGUCAGCAACAGGGCAGCCCUCCUAAUAAAUCACCAUCAGGUUGCUUUGUACCAGUUCCACUUGGAGCAAUUGCAUCUACUUGCAUGGAAAAUGGAGUGAUCCAGGGUCCAAACACUACAAUUCGACCACCUAUGAGUCCAUUCAUUGAAAAUGCUUUGCACUAUGGAAUCUCUUCUAGUGUACCAAAUACAAUACCAUCCCCAGUGAGAGUUUCAUCAGUUGGUAAUCAAUCUGGUCUAGGUGAGCUCAGCCACUCAUUUGGGCCAAUGAAGUUUGGUUUCCAAGGUAUCCAAAUGUAUCCCCAUUCACUUCCAGAUUAUCAUGAUGGGUUAGCUAGUAGCAUGCCCUACAAUUCUCCUGGCACCAUGGCAGCGAAUAUCAAUCUCAGACCUUCAGAGGGCAAUGUGUUCGGUUCUUCUGGAAAUGGGAGCCACCCACUUCAUGGACAUCAUAAUAUGUGGAGUAAUUCCAACUCAUAUCACCCUCAUCUUCCAGCACCAGUGAUGUGGCCAAAUUCAUCUUCAUUUGUCCAUGAUCUUAAUGUUCACCCCCCAGCACAACUUCAUGGAAUUGCAAGAUCACCUUCUCAUAUGAUGAGCACAGUUCUACCUAUACACUACCACCACCAUGUGGGCUCGGCACCGGCUGUCAAUCACUCCCUUUGGGAAAGGCGACAUACCUAUGCAGGAGAGUCUCCUGAUGGGUCCAGUUUCCAUCCAGGUUCUCUUGGGAGUAUGGGGUUUUCUGGUAGUUCUAACUUGCGUCCUCUGGAACUUGCUUCUCAUAACGUCUUUCAUCUUGGUGGCAACUGUAUGGACCCAUCAUUUCCUUCAACGGGUGUUGGAAUGCACUCACCGCAGCAGCGAUGCCAUAUGUUUCCUAGCCGAAACCCAAUGGUUCCCAUGCCAAGCUCAUUUGAUGGUCCUAAUGAGCGAAUUCGGAGCCGUAGGAGUGAAGGUGGAUCCAGUCAGAUAGACAACAAGAAACAAUAUGAACUUGUUAUUGAUCGAAUAGUGCGUGGGGAAGACACCCGAACAACUCUUAUGAUAAAGAACAUUCCUAACAAGUAUACUUCGAAGAUGCUUUUGGCUGCAAUUGAUGAACAACAUCGAGGAACUUACGAUUUCAUUUAUUUGCCAAUUGAUUUCAAGAACAAGUGCAAUGUGGGUUAUGCUUUCAUCAACAUGAUUGAUCCUCUCCACAUUAGUCAUUUCUAUCAGACAUUCAAUGGUAAAAAAUGGGAGAAGUUCAAUAGUGAAAAGGUGGCAUCACUUGCAUAUGCUCGUAUCCAGGGAAAGGCUGCUCUUAUUUCCCAUUUCCAGAAUUCAAGCUUGAUGAAUGAAGAUAAACGAUGCCGCCCUAUUCUGUUUCAUUCUGAUGGUCCAAAUGCAGGUGAUCAGGUGCCCUUCCCUAUGGGGAUCAAUAUUCGUUCAAGACCUAGCAAGUCAGAGACCAGUGGUAAUGAGGAGGAUCAUCAAGGAAGCCCAUCAACCUCUGCAAAUGGGGAGGAAUCUUCCAAUGGAGUAGACUCUACUUCGGGUUCUGCCAAGGACUUGGAGUGAGCAAGCCUCCCUUUCCUGGCACCAACUCUUAGAGAAUCAAAAUCAAGUAAUAUGAACAUCAUCUCCAGUUUCUAGUAAUUAAAUAUCAGGGGAUUGAUGAGGGAUUCUUUCCAAGUUUUGGUACCAGAGUGUGUUGCUGACCUCUGAGGAACUUUGCCUUUUCCCCUCUUCCCUUUUUUCUUGUGAUUUUAAUAUUGUAAUAUUGAGGUUGACAAUGUGGGUGGAGAAGGCACAACUGUGAUGUGCUCAAGAUUUUGGAUUAUAAUGAGUGGUUAAAAGUGUACAGGAGUUUCUUGGAGAGGGGGAGGGUUGAUGUUUCUGCUGUGGUUUGAGGAGACCCGUUUCCCCUAAAAAUUUCCACCCUUUUUUGGACUUUGGAGAAUGUGUGUUUCGGCAUUGAAUUUGUUAGUGGUGACUGCUCAGAGAGAGAGAAAUCACUGUGGUGAAAAUUUUGAAGUGUACUUUGAGAAGAUGCUCUGUAUCUGCUAAAUUAAGGGUGUGGCUGCCCCAUUUUGAGUAGUUUUUACCUUUUACUAAUGAGUUGUUCGUUAGUUCUUGUGUUUGUGAUCA